CUAUGAGCCUCUUUCUUCUUGGCCCAAACCCAAUUGACCCACAUUUACCCCUCUCCUUCUCUCUAUCUCUGCCCCCGCCACCUCCUCCUCCACCGUAAUCACAAGCUAAGGAGGAGAGUUGAGUCGAAUUUCUCUUUCUAUCUCCUAAUCAUGGCGGAAAAGGAUCAGCCGUUGCCUAAGUUUGGUGAAUGGGAUGUCAAUGACCCAGCAUCAGCUGAGGGAUUCACAGUCAUCUUCAACAAGGCUAGGAAUGAGAAAAAGUCAGGUGGAAAGCCAGACUCACCAGCUAGGGAUAGCUCUGGAUUUAAGUCUGACACUGCUACACUUGGAAAGCCUCAGCCUAAAAAAUGGUUUUGCUGCAUGCAAUCUGCUCAAGCAGAAUAAAGAGGUGGCUCUUGCCUUGUAAGAGCAGUCAUUGGAGAGUAUCAUUUAUCUACACCUGGCCCUAGGAUAUAAAUCCAGAAGACAGGAGCUGUAUUAAGAAGCUAUGAUGGGUCGUGCUGGAAUUUGUUUGUGGCGACUCUUUACGACGAUGUGGGGUUGGGGGAAAAUGUGAUGAAAGAACAGUGUGGUUUAGUGUUUGUGUACGCUGGUGGGUUAUUUUCUCCAUUCAAUGGAGUUAAAAGCUGUUGUGGCAUUUUAUUUUGUGUUUGUUUAGGGUGAUGUGAUUUUCAUGUGUAUCCAUUUGUCUAUAUAUAAUGAAACUCUCCUUUUCUUA